AUGUACGCCUGGUACGCGGCAGCAAAAGUGUGCUUCGUCUACCUAUCCGAUCUGGACCCAGCUGCAGCCGACGAAAACCUGGAGCAGGCUCUUCCUCGCUGCAGGUGGUUCAAGCGGGGAUGGACGCUCCAAGAACUGAUCGCGCCAAGGCAUGUAAUCUUCCAUGACAGAGACUGGAACGAGCGCGGCACGAAGGACAGUCUGAGCUCGUUGCUUUCCAAGAUCACGACAAUCCCGGAGGAACUGCUGAGGGUAGAUAAGAGAUUGGAUCACUAUGCCGUUGGUAGACGGAUGAGCUGGGCCUCGAUGAGGAAGACGACGAGGAGGGAGGAUGAGGCAUACUGUUUGCUGGGUAUAUUCAAUGUGAACAUGCCGCUGUUAUACGGGGAGGGAGAGGCUGCGUUUUUCCGCCUGCAGAAAAUCAUUGUGGAAGAGCUGGCGGACCUGAGUUUGUUUGUAUGGACGGACGAAAUCGAGGAGGGAGGAGAGGAGCGCGACGGAAAUGGUAAAAUAACGGCCAAGAGAGCUCCUUGGUCAUCGAUGUUUGCAGUUUCACCUCGGCAGUUUUCGUGUGCUGGCAAGCUUGAAGCGACGCUGGCUGACUCUACCUACCGAAACCUCAGGUCUAGGCCCAGGGGCAUCCAAGUGGAAGCCAGUUUGAUAUUUCGAUUCAGCGAGAUUGACAAAGACGACGGCAACGAGUGCAUUUAUGACACUAUUUGCAUGAUAGAUGGCAUGCCUAUCGGUGUGAUGAUCCGCAAAAUUGGUGGAGGGCGCUAUCCUAUUGGGGGUCUUGUGUGA